AUGAAGGAGAAAGUGCCAUUCCUCAGCAGUUAUAAAGCCACUCAGAGCAGAGCCAGAGUCCAGUGCUCACUGUCAGAUCCACAGCUGGUCUCAGGAGCGCUGAUAGAUGUGGCCAAACACCUGGGCAACCUGUCCUUCAGAGUCUGGGAGAAGAUGAAGGACAAGGUCCACUUCAGUCCUGUCAUUCUGGACCCAAACACUGCAUACUGUUGGCUCUAUCUGUCUGAUGAUCUGACCAGUGUGAGACAGGGAGACACAAAGCAGCAGCUUCCUGACAAUCCAGAGAGACACACUAAGUACCCCACUGUUCUGGGCUCUGAGGGCUUCAGCUCAGGGAAACACAGCUGGGAGGUGGAGGUGGGAGACCAUCCUGUCUGGGAUGUUGGUUUGGCCAAAGAGUCAGUUGACAGGAAGGGAAAGAGAUUUGCUUCACCAGAAUAUGGAAUCUGGUGUUUAAGACUUGACAGAGGAAAAUACACUAAUGGUCUCGGUAAGACUGUCACAGUGAAGAAGAGUCUCCAGAGGAUCAGAGUCCAGCUGGACUAUGACAGGGGGGAGGUGUCCUUCUACGACCCUGAAGACAUGACUCACAUCUUCACUCACAGAGACACUUUCACUGAGAAACUCUUCCCAUAUUUCUGUGUUGUAAAUGCUGGUGAUGCUAAAACUGCUGAUAUCAAAAUGUGUCAAAGUGAGAUUUCUCUGUGAUGUUCAGACAUGUUGGUGUUAGUGAAGACUUUACUCUGACUUCACUGUUUGUCCAGAUCUCACUGAAAUAAUCAAGACAAUCAACAGUUAAAGCAGAAAAAGAUUCAUGUGCUCAAUACUCAAACUGCAUUACAUCAUCAGGUUAUAAACUCUCAUACAGGUACAGAUCAAUUUAUUAACCUGGUUAUCAUCAUCUUGUGUUUAAUCAGAUCAUAAUAUAACAAACACUGUAUCCACUUCACCAGAUUUGUUGUUGAGGGUUAGAGAAUUAAGAUUUUCACUGUAGAUUUGUUUCUUUAAACACGUUGAGUCAGUCAGCAGGACUGUAUAAUGCUGACACAGUGUAUGAAGGGUGCAGAGAUGGAGAAGAAUUUCCA